AUGGCGACUUUUAAAUCAAUAUACGAAGACUCACUCAAGGGGGGAAAAGAAAAUGUCGGACUUGAGAGAGUUUUGGGGAGAAUAUUUGACGAAUUGAUUUCAGAAUUUAGGGCCAAGUUUAUUAAAAAAAUAUCUGUCCUUAUUCACGAAGUGAAGCAUAGUGACUCCCCUUUGGAAGUUGCCAAAGGAGGGGUCGUCCACUAUAAACGGGAGAAAUAUGAAAGCAGGCAGAAGGAACGGGAGGGAGGAAAAACACACACAGAUGAUACAUUGGGUGUUUACUUAAGCAGCUUCACAGAUUCAAAGAGGAAGAGUUUGUUCGAAAAAAUAAAGAAAGAAAUUGACAACCAGGGGGAGGAUGAUGUUAUCGAGAGGAAAAUCGCCAGGAAUAGAUUAAUCACAAACGGAUUCACCACUUUAGGGGAACGCAAGAUAUACGACACGAACGAAAAAGUGAACCUCGACGUUCAUGCGAAGAAAAAAAUAGACCAAGUUAGUGUGUUGGAUAGAAAAGGUAGAACAGUGAGUACCACACGAAAUGAGCUCUCCGAUAUGCAAAGCAAAGCGGGGAGUCGGAAGUCAGGCAUGAGUGGUCGCAGUAAGGAGGCAGUUGGGGAUGGGGAUGUGAAGCGGAAUAUGUAUGAGGCGUCAGAGGAGGUGAGCAUGUCAGAAAUGUCGGAGAAGUCUCACAAGACGCGCACCUCAUAUAAAUCAAAGACGUCACGUGUAUCAGGUGUGUCACAUGCUUCCCCCGCGUCGUGCACUUCUCGAAGAUCGCACAAGACGAACCGCCCCAGGGAAGAACUUUGCACGCUGAACGGAGAGAGCAACAAAAGUGAGAAAGAUACCUACGCAAACAUAAUCAGUAAGUACACCAUCAAACGAUUGUUUUCUAAUAGACUGUAUACCGACGAGCUGGGUGACACCCAUUGUGGUAUUGAUGAAGGGAGAGUAGACACACUUCGAAGUGGCCACAUCGACAAAGCGAGGAGAUACAUGCAUGCGCCAAAUGGCAGCGCUGCAAGGGGGGAAGAGGCCCCGUCAAGCAUAUGUAACGACUGGACAAACGCGAAGGACAAAAACUACAAAAUUGUGAAGAGAGAUUUUGAUGAGCGUUCGAAAAGGAGUGCCAAAUCGAAGGCAAACUCGUUAGGGUCGGAACGUGACCCACUGGACUUCCUCAUCGCAGCAGAGGCUAACGAAAGGAAGAAGUUGCAGGGGAUGAAGGGGAGUUCAAAUGGCUACCCCAAUAUGCAGGACAAAGUCGAGGUGAAAUCGCACAAGGGGGACCCCACAAGCGUCGACAAAAGCGAUCAUUUAUUUUUUGAAGUCAUUAGAGGGAAAAGACGGAAGCAUCUGAAGGGCUUCGAAUGCGAAGACUGCAAAUCCUUCUAUGAGGAACUCUGUUGGGAUGGCUCCGAUGGGAGGAGAAAGUACAAAGGGGGUACGAACCACCGAUCGUGCAGCAGGCAUGAAGCCAGAAAACCUGCCCAGAACGAACUUUUACUUAAAAAAGAAAGAGGAAAGAAGCCUGCAGGGGAGAAUUACACAAGUCGCCUUAGCGAAUAUGUCAAUGGGAACUACACGAGUGGCACACAGCCCCAUUCGGUUAAGUCACUUGGCGACAUGGCGUUGGUAAGCAGCGCAAGAUAUUUGAAAAAUGCCGAUGGAAGUAUCGACAUAAGUUCCGGCAAGUACGCUGAAAAGUGCAUUGACAAAUUUAUGAGCAAGUUUGAGGUGAAGGCAGAGAAUAACGACAGGUCGGUUAAGAGGGACCAAGUGCAGGAGGAGGAGUUUUACGAAGUCGACGAGGUAGAUGAUGCAGAGGAGCAGUUACCAUCAGAGGAGGAAGAGAGACGAAAAGAAAAUAAGAAAAAAAAACUGAUACAGUCUUUUUCGCGUCAUAGGUAUCAUAGCAAAGUUAAUGAUUCGCCAAAAAAUUUCUGGAGCUUUGAUUUUUUUAAAUAA